GACGUGACCCUCACAGACCUCCCCCUGGCCGUGGCUCAGCUCCAUGACAACAUGCAGAGGAACGCAGCGGCGCUGGCCGCGUCUCCGGGCCGCGUUGUUGUCCAGGCGCUGCCGUGGGGCGACGAGCUGAGCCCCGUCCGCCCCGCGUACGACGUGGUGCUGGGUGCUGACGUGGUUUACGACCCGCGCUGCUUCCCUGCCCUGCUGGCCACCCUGCGGCGGCUCUGCGGGCCGCGCUCCGUCGCCUUCCUCAGCUGCGGGAUGCGGCGCCAGCUGGGAACUGAGGGCUUCUUCCACGAGCUGCUGCCACUGCAUUUCUGCGUCCGGCUGCUGCGGCACCACGGAGACACCAACGUCAGUCUGUACCGACUGACACUGCGCAGGGGUGGCUCUGGCUGUACUGACUGACAGAACUCAGUGAGAACACCAACACGGUACCGACUGACAC